UGACUCUGUAUUUAAAGCAGAAGACGACUUCACUGUGCUUCACACAUCGCUGGACUGAACAGUGACUACAAUGAGCAUCUUUUGGUUUAUAACUACACUGCUACUGCUGCACUCCUGCACCCCAGGUGUCGGCAUGGAUCAUGAUAUCGUUAAUGGUGAGAAGUCCAUUCCACACAGCCGCCCAUACAUGGUCUACAUUUAUGACAAACAAAGACGUGCAGCAUGUGGUGGAUUUCUGGUAAGGGAAGAUUUUGUGUUGACGGCUGCCCACUGCAAAACAAAUCAUCUCAAGGUGUAUUUGGGUGUUGAUGACACAAAUCAUUUACCUGAGGGUAUAGAGGUCGAUGCCUUUCCACAUGAAAGUUUUGUGAACAAAAAGCCAGGUGAUGACAUCAUGCUACUAAAGCUUAAAACCCCAGCAACUCUGAACAAGACGGUGAAAAUCAUUGCCCUGCCAGAAACUAAUAGAGAGAAAAUCCCAAGUAACUGCAUGGCCAUGGGUUGGGGCUGGAAGGAACACAAUGAGUUUACUCCAUCAAGCGUCCUGAGAGAAGUGAACUUGACUCUUUUAGACUCUGAAAAUUGUGCCAUACCUCACACUAUAUGUACUCAAGAAAAAGCCGGGCCAACACAGGGCGACUCUGGCGGUCCACUUAUUUGUGGAAAUGUCCCACAGGGCAUUGUGUCUUACUACAUACCGAAUGAGUCUACAAGAUUCCUUACAAUGUAUACUAAAAUCUCUCACUACCUUCCAUGGAUUCAUAAAAUCAUGAAUGCACCUCUUUAAAGCAUCAUGAACCAUGGAAGGCAAAGCUGGAUAAACUCAACAUGUUUGAUAUUAAAGCAUUUCUGAUUUAUGAAAGCUCUUCAUUUGCAUUUUAAUGUACUAGAUUGAAAUAAAGGCAAAUCUUUAUCA